AUGGCGAGUAUACACACUAUAGGAGCUUGUGUAUUCAUUAGUAUGAAUAAGAAUGAGAAUCUGAACGGUAAAUACUGCACAAAAAACUGCCAAACCGGAACUUGCCAAUGCAACUGCAGAAGUGAAGGAGGUCAAACUUGUGAUCCUGACAAAUGUACAUCUACUAACUGCCAAUGCUGUAAAGACAAUGAUGGUGGUGCUAUAUCCUCUUUUAACACAUUCACAUCCCAGGGUUUAAUGAUAGUCUUGGCCUUUACUGGAGAUGGUUACCUUAAGACUUAUUCUAGGUAUGAGAAUGAUAGGAGAUACUGGACAUGGAGUGGAAUGUGGGUAGCAUGCAAGAGUGUUAAGUCCUCCUUUACCACUAAUGUCAGAUGCAAAGUUUUAGGUAAAUCAGAGGCUCUCCUAAUUGUCUAUGAAGAUCAGGAAUUUUAG